AUGUCCGUUGUCCCGUUAGGUUCACCUUUUUUAUCGUCAUCGGGCAACAAUGUUGAUAUUAACUAUGAAAAGGAUUCUUCAAGCGUAUCGUCUCUUAUUGUCGACUAUACUUUAUUAAAUUCAAUCAUUGAAUCAAAUCAAUUUGAAAAAACUCUUGAACUUUAUUCAUUAAUGUUGAACAGUUGUUUGAAUAAUAUCGAAGAAAAAAUCUCUUUUGAGAUAUUUAUUAAUGAAUUUAUUGAAGAAUAUUCUCAAAUUCAAUCAAAUGAAUUCAAAGAAUUAAUUGCAAUAUUUCAAAAUAAAUAUUUUUGUUCAUUUAUAUCUUCAUAUGAUUUAAUUCUUCAACAUUAUUAUCAAGAAAAAAAACUUUCUUCAAAUACUAAAUUUAACGUAUCUGAUAAAAAUAACGACGACGAUCAUCACGAUAAAAUAUCAAGAAAAAAGGAUCAUUGUUCAGAGAAAGAUGAACAAAAUUCAACUGUAUCAAUGUUGUAUUCAACGAAAUUAAUUGAUGAAGAAAAAGAAAAUUCAAAUUAUGCAUCAAAAUUAGCUGAAUAUAAUGUUGGUCGUUUAAAAAUAGUUCGGCUAGAAAAACGUCAAGGUGAACCAUUAGGUGCAACAAUUUCUCGUUUAUCUGAUCAUGAUUAUCAAAUAAUAAUUGCUCGAAUUGUUCAUGGAAGUAUUGCACAAGGACUUUUUUCAAUUGGUGAUCAAUUACUCGAAAUAAAUAAUAUUAAUAUACAAUCUGAAUAUCGUACACUUGAUGAAAUUGUUCAAUUAAUUGAUUCACUUCAUGGAACUAUUUCAUUUCUACUUAUGCCAUGCGAUGAAAUAAAUCACGGAAUACAUAAUCAAGCUUUUAAUCAUAAUCAAGAUGACUCAUCUGUCAUAUAUGUUCGUGCUUUAUUUUCCUAUGAUCCAUAUGAUGAUAUGUAUAUUCCAUGCCGAGAAUUAGGUCUUUCUUUUGAAAAAUAUUCAAUAUUAAAUAUAGUGAAUCGAGAUGAUCCAUCAUGGUGGCAAGCUGUUAUUAUGGAAAAUGAUCAAAAUAAUAAAAAACAACAAUUACCUGGUCUUAUACCAUCAAAACAAUUUCAAGAAAAACGUUUCAAAAUUGUUAAAUGUUUAUUAGAUGAAGAAACAAGUCAUUCAAAAAAGAAAUUUAAAGAUAAAUUCAAUAAAUCAAUUGCAAAACAAACAACAAGACAAAAAAUUCUAACAACAUUCAGUUUUAAUAUCUAUGAGCCAGUUGAAUGGUAUAUACCAAAUGAAUUACAGAAAAGACCCAUUGUUUUAAUUGGAGCUCCACAUAUAGGUCGACAUGAAUUACGACAACGUUUAAUGAAUUCUUCACAAUUAUCAUCAUUAAUCGAUGUUGCUGUACCACACACAACCAGAUUAAAAAAACAAGAUGAAAUCGAUGGACGAGAUUAUUAUUUUAUAACACGAGAACAAUUUGAAAAAGAUAUUUCAAAUGAUUUAUUUGUUGAACAUGGUGAAUAUGAAAAAAAUCUCUAUGGAACAUCAAAAUUAGCUAUUGAAGCGUGCUGUCAUAUAUAUAAUAAAAUUUGUAUUCUUAACUUAUUGCCCGAAGGACUUGAUUCAUUAAAAUAUUCAAAUAUAUUACCUUUCAUUAUUUAUUUAAAAUGUCCAUCAACAAUUGAAAAGCUACGAGAAUAUUUUUAUGUUAAUGAUCAACAAUGGAUAGAAAUUGAAGAAAAAUCUCGUUUUAUUGAACAGAAUUAUUCACAUUUAUUUGAUAAAAUUAUUUAUUUAAAUGAUUCAUUUGAUUAUGUUUUUUCUCAACUGAAAUUUUUAGUUAAAGAUGUACAAACUAAACCUAUAUCAAGUCAUCAAACUGUUUAUUCGUGUAAUACAAGUGUAUCAUGUGAUUGUUUAACGAACUCAGCAACAGUGUCUCGUAUUGUAGGUGGAGAAGAUGCUAGUUCACCUACAUGGGGUUGGGCUGUUUCAAUCCGUAUUGGUGGUAGUAGACUUUGUGGCGGAUCGAUCAUAUCAAGUUUAUGGAUUGUCACAGCAGCCCACUGUGUUGACGGUCGUACAGCGGCUCAGUUCAUUGUGUAUGCUGGAUAA